UCCCUAUCAGUGGCAAAGAAAAUUUUGUUUAUGCAUAUGCUUGAUAGGAAGGAUACAGCACCCUUACUCUGGAGCAAAGAUGAGGACCCUUAUUCUGCUCACACUUCUUGGUGCUUGCUGUGCACAAUUUGAUCCAAACGUUUGGUCUGGCAGGACGGCAAUCGUUCAUUUGUUUGAGUGGCGCUGGGCUGACAUUGCUGCAGAAUGUGAACGCUUCUUAGGUCCCAAUGGAUUUGCAGGUCUACAGGUGUCUCCUCCUAAUGAAAAUGCUGUCUAUUAUGACCCCUGGAGACCGUGGUGGGAAAGAUAUCAACCAAUCAGCUACAAAAUAUGUACCAGAUCAGGAAAUGAACAAGAGUUCCAAGAUAUGGUUGCACGAUGCAAUGACGUGGGAGUGCGUGUUUAUGUAGAUGGUGUAAUUAAUCACAUGUGUGGAGCUGGAGGCCCAGGUGGCACGCAGUCUACUUGUGGAAGUACCUACUACCCAGGAAAGGAAGACUUCCCUGCUGUACCAUUUUCUAGCUGGGAUUUCAAUGACGGCAAAUGUUACACAGGAAGUGGGAAUAUUGAAAACUACAAUGAUGCCACUCAGGUUCGAAACUGCCGCCUGGUUGGCCUCCUUGAUCUUGCACUGGAAAAAGACUAUGUACGUGGGAAAGUUGCUGAGUACAUGAACAAGCUGAUUGGCUUUGGUGUUGCAGGAUUCAGAUUGGAUGCUGCUAAACACAUGUGGCCUGGUGAUAUACAGGCAAUUGUUAAUAAGCUAAAUAAUCUGAACUCUCGUUGGUUUUCUAGUGGUGCCAGGCCUUUUAUUUUCCAAGAGGUUAUUGAUCUUGGAGGAGAACCCAUCACUGUGAAUGAGUAUACUGGUAUUGGCCGUGUCACAGAAUUUAAAUAUGGCCAAAAGCUGGGUUACGUUAUCCGUCGCUGGAAUGGAGAAAAGCUGUCAUAUCUGAAGAACUGGGGAGAAGGUUGGGGCUUUAUGGCUUCGGGGAAAGCUCUUGUUUUUGUUGACAACCAUGACACUCAAAGAGGUCACGGUCCUGGUGGGGCUUCCGUUCUUACCUUCUGGGAUUCAAGGUUGUACAAAAUUGCUAUUGGAUUUAUGCUGGCACAUCCUUAUGGAUUCGCAAGAGUGAUGUCCAGUUACAACUGGCCAAGAGAUAUUCAAAAUGGACAGGAUAAGAAUGACUGGGUUGGACCACCAGCCAACGGUGAUGGAUCAACCAAACCUGUUACAAUUAAUGCGGAUUCAACAUGUGGUAAUGGCUGGGUCUGUGAGCACAGGUGGCGCCAAAUAAGGAACAUGGUGAAAUUCCGUAAUGUAGCUGAUGGUCAGGCCUUUGCAAACUGGUGGGACAAUGGAAGUAAUCAGAUUGCUUUUGGACGUGGAAACAAAGCAUUCAUCGUAAUUAAUCUGGAUGAUUGGCAAUUGGAUGCAACCCUGCAAACAGGACUCCCAGCUGGUACCUACUGUGAUGUCAUUUCAGGACAGAAGGAGGGAAGUGGCUGCAGUGGAAUAAGUGUCACAGUUGGAGGUGAUGGAAAAGCUCGUUUCCAGAUUAGCAACAGUGCUGAAGAUCCAUUCAUUGCUAUUCAUGUCGAUAACAAAUUGUAACUUAGACCAUCAUAAUGCAGAUCGUGCUGCUGUUAAAUUAUUAUCUUAGAUCCCAUAAUAAAUGGAACAUAAAAUGUAUCUAUCAGAGAGCAUCUUGAAACUAAUUUCUAACUCAGACUUCAGGAUUGUCUGGAACUCUCAAAUCAGAACAUUUUUAAUGGAAGAUAAAAUUACAUUAGACUUCAUACUGUAACUCUAUGUAGACAAUUACUUGCUUGAAAGUGUUCAUCAAUAAAAAUAUAGACCUAC